GAGCCUUGCGUUCUACCAACUGAGCUAGACGGGCCCACGGAAGCUUGAUCUUCUGAAGGUAUUCUAGGAUAGAAGCUAUCAAAUUUAAAUCAAUCCCUACAAAUUGGAGCUUAGUUGUUCAAAUCGAUCUCAAAUCAGAACAAAAAUGGGUUUGGUAUGGUCGAUCGUCCUAUUCUUCGUCAUCGUAGCUCUGGUUUUGGCGUUAGGUUUAGUCGCUGCGAUUGUUUUUGAAGCAUUCAGAAGAAGAUUCAAUCAUGUUCACCUUGAAGCUCAUCCGAUCUUCGAGGAUCCAAAUUCAUUGAAACAGAUUCCAUGUCCUUACAUCUUUGAUCCUGCAGACAAGUACAUAUCUUUGAUUAUUCCUGCAUUCAAUGAGGAGCACAGGCUUCCUGGAGCUCUUGAUGAAACCAUGAAUUAUCUUCAAAAACGUGCAGCAAAGGACAAGUCCUUUUCUUAUGAGGUGCUAAUUGUGGAUGAUGGUAGUGCGGAUGGAACUAAGAGAGUAGCUUUUGACUUUGUAAGAAAGUACACUGUAGACAAUGUCAGGGUUAUCCUUCUUGGAAGGAAUCAAGGCAAGGGAGAAGCUAUAAGAAAAGGAAUGCUUCAUUCACGUGGUGAACUACUUCUAAUGUUAGAUGCUGAUGGGGCAACCAAGGUUAAUGAUCUAGAAAAACUUGAAAAUCAGAUACGUUCAGUUGCUCAAAAAGAACUUGAUUUUGGAGAUUUGGCCUCUAGCAAUUCAAGCUCAAGAAUUUGUGAUAUACCAAUUGCUGCAUUUGGUUCUCGUGCUCAUCUUGAGGAGAAGGCUCUUGCUACAAGGAAGUGGUAUCGCAAUUUUUUGAUGAAGGGCUUUCAUGUUGUGGUUCUGUUUACUGCUGGUUCGGGGAUUCGUGAUACUCAGUGUGGUUUUAAGAUGUUUACCAGAGCUGCUGCACGGAAGCUUUUUACAAACAUACGUUUGAAGAGGUGGUGCUUUGAUGUCGAGUUAGUGUAUUUAUGCAAAUGGUUUUGCAUUCCUAUGAUCGAGAUAUCUGUAAAUUGGUCGGAAAUUCCCGGAUCCAAGGUGAAUCCACUAAGCAUACCCAACAUGCUAUGGGAGAUGGCACUCAUGUCCGUGGGAUAUAGGACGGGGAUAUGGAAAAUUUAUCCUUGAGACUUUCCAGUUUGGGAUCAGUUUAUUUGGAGAAGCAUAUUAUAGCAUUUGUAGCCUCAUUGAAUUAGUCCAGGGGAAGAAAGAACUAACACCUGAUCACAAGUUGCAGUAAACAUACGCUCAUACCUGAGCUUAUGUGCGUGAGCCACGGUCUAACCUCAAGGUUCCGUUUGUAAAAUUAUUUUUGUAAACUGCUACUUUUCUCGUCAUUAUUAUUAUUAUUAAUCGAAUUUUGUUCAUUGGAGUCUAAAAGAGCUGGAAAUAAACACCCCCCGAAAUUAUUUGUUUUAGAAAGAGGUAUGGUUGAUGAUUCCAGUGAGGCGUCAAUCGUUGGCUUUUAGUUGUAAUUCCAUCAUAUACUUUAAUUUGACAAGAUAAUGGGAGAGAUCAGCUGUUUGCUGCAUAUUGCAUUAUUGAUUCUGUAGUGACUAUUUUAUCCGUUGACCUGUAUGUUUAAA